CCACUCUGCGAUACCUCAGGCGCAGAGGGCGAAGCGGCCACGACGGCUGCGCAGAGCCCAGCCUGGCGGUGGGGCCGGGAGCGACUGCACGGCCGGGCGGAAGCGGUGGCACGGCGGUGCCGGAAGCGGCUGCAAGGCCGGGCGGAAGCGGUGGCACGGCGGGGCCGGAAGCGGCUGCAAGGCUGGGCGGAAGCGGUGGCCCCGCCGGGCGAAAGCGGCUCCCGGGGUGGUGCGGGGUCCAAGAUGGCGGCGGGGAUGUACCUGGAGCACUACCUGGACAGUAUUGAGAACCUGCCAUUUGAACUGCAGAGAAACUUCCAGCUCAUGCGAGAUCUGGAUCAGAGGACAGAAGACCUCAAAUCAGAGAUCGAUAAGUUGGCCACGGAGUAUAUCAGCAACGCACGGACCUUGUCUUCAGAGGAGAAACUGGGGCUUCUGAAGCAAAUCCAGGAAGCCUAUGGGAAGUGCAAGGAGUUUGGGGACGACAAGGUUCAGCUGGCUAUGCAGACCUACGAGAUGGUCGAUAAGCACAUCCGGCGUCUGGACACAGAUCUCGCUCGCUUUGAAGCAGACCUGAAGGAGAAGCAGAUAGAGUCGAGUGACUACGACAGUUCUUCCAGCAAGGGCAAGAAGAAGGGCCGAGCCCAAAAAGAGAAGAAAGCAGCCCGUGCUCGCUCUAAAGGGAAGAACUCUGAUGAGGAGGCGCCAAAAACUGCCCAAAAGAAAUUGAAGCUUGUCCGCACUAGCACAGAGUAUGGGAUGCCUUCGGUCACCUUUGGAAAUGUGCACCCUUCGGAUGUGUUGGAUAUGCCCGUGGACCCCAAUGAGCCUACUUAUUGCCUGUGCCACCAGGUUUCCUAUGGGGAGAUGAUUGGCUGUGACAACCCAGAUUGUUCCAUUGAAUGGUUUCAUUUUGCCUGCGUGGGUCUGACAACAAAGCCAAGAGGAAAAUGGUUCUGCCCUCGCUGUUCCCAGGAGAGGAAGAAGAAGUAAAAUCCCGUGAGGCCUCAGUACUGCUACAGGAGCUCUCCUCUCCCUGCCAGGGCCUCGUUCCAGCUCCCCCAGCCCUUGGGCCCUUGGCUGGGGGGGAGUCUUGCCCUGUUUGUGAUUUGGGCCAUCCCUGGAAUGGUGUGUAACCUCACAGCGGUUCCCGUGUGUCCCGUAUCCCUGGUUGUUUCCGAAUCCCUAAGGGAGACCCUCUCUAUGUACUAUUCCAAACAGGUCUCUGAACCUCAAAGGGAAUGAAUGAGGGCACCAGGGUAGCCACCAGAUUCCCAGGGAUUCAGGUAGCCCCUGAUUUUCCUUGGCUUUCCUUCAGCUUCCACUGAGUUCAUUGCCUACUCUCUGCUUAGAGAACAAGGCUAUGGCAUGGGGGAAGGAAAGGAGGUAAGUCUUCACCAUUUUAGGGCUUUGGUUUUCCUGGAUCAUUUUCAGGAGAGAGGGAGUAACCAGGCCACUUCUUAAUCUAUAGGGUUGGUUGAGAGAGUGAAACCCUAACGUACUCCCUGUCUGUAACCAUUCCACUACUGACAUUGAGAAACCUCUUUUGUUGGGGAGAAGAGGAGGAGGGAGGAGUGUUUAGAGCUAGCUUGUCUCUCUUAUUCCUGGGGUAAACGUGCUGGUCUGGGAAGCACCCUGUGUGAAGGAGGAAGAAUUUCUGGCCACGUGGGGAGAGAUGGAUGGAUCUAGCCUCUCUUCUGGCUCAAAUUCUCCCUUCCUUUUGUGCAGCGGGGCUUCUCCAUUAUGUUGAUGAUGGAAAGUUUGGGGAUUCAGAUCCCCCUUGUAUAAUAAGGAAUUAAAUAAAGUUCAUUGAAACAGAUGAUCUACUUGUCUCAGUGUCACCUCGGAAGCAAAAUGUGGCAAUUGGUCUCUAGUUAUUCUUUCUUUCUCAGCUCUGCUUUUAAUCAACAUGAUGGAUGUGGUGCAGCUUUUUCAUGUAUCGGUCCUGAACAGUGUUAGUAAGUGACAUUCUGCCCAAGCCAGGCUUCAAAUAUACCUAAUAAUCUUGCAAAAGGUUACUAGGCUUUCUAGCGGCUGUGAAAAAUCUUUGCCCCUUCAGGCAUGGCUCUGUGAGAGGGUGGAUAUUCAUUCACAUUUUUGUUGGAUCAUUUACUUCAUCAGCUCUAAGAUGAGGAGCAGAAUCCCCUGUCAGACAGUGAAUACGAGACCAUCUUGAUCAGCCUUUUUUCUUAUUUCUUAAUUUUUUUUUUCCUUUGUUUUCAUUCUUUUCCACCUUUCUUGCUCCUGGUUCUCCUAGGGCCCCGUAAGCAGGGGGGGUGGAGGGAGACCUAGGGCCGGCUUAUCCUGGUUCCCUGCUCAGCACCCACAGACCAGAGCAGGCUGCCCUGCCAGAUACUCUUUG